CAAGCCACGCGCCAUCGAAGUCGCCGUCACCGGCGUCGCGCCGAGGAUUGGGACGCAAGCCAUAACACUACUUGGGUGGGGCUUUGUAGUCUGACUGGGGUUCAAAAUGAACAUGAAGACGCAGGUUGUAGCACUCGUAUUUGCUCCUCUCAUAUCCUUGGUAUCCAGCUUGUGGUGCUACCAGUGUGUCAGUUCACAUCCAGGAUGUGGCCUGUAUGACUUUGACUGGCGGUAUUACUGGAGCCACUACUGCCAUGAUGCCAAUAACAAGUGUGUCAAGCUCAUUGAACAGAGGGGAGCGGAUAUAAAAGUGACCCGUGAUUGUCUAAGCAAUCUGGAGGGCCACCGACGAGACAUCCCAGCUGAUCGAUAUGAGGGAUGUCGCCCUGCUGCAAAGGAUCCCCUCAUUGGCCAAUACAUUUUUCCAUCUAUUACAGAGAUUGAUCAUAAAAGGGAGUAUUACACAAAUGUCACAUUUUGCUUCUGUGACUUUGAUGAAAGAUGCAACAGUGCCUCUGUGUCUGUGGUAAGUGCCUUCCUCUCGGCAUGUUUGGUAGUGGCUCACCUAGCUGUGUGGGGAUGAAGAAGGCUGGUGUAAGUAUAUAUUUUUAUUAAUAAUUAUUGUUUAUUAAUUAGCUUCACACACAAAAUAAUUACUAAAAUUUUUACAGAAUUUGUGAAUUCUGAUGCUGCCUAAGAAUUUUGUAUUUUCAUAGGUAGUUUAUAAUGGCAAUGAGUUUUGUCUUCCAGUUCUCAAUUCAAAUUAAUUUUUAGUAGUUGUGUCCCAUAUACAAAUUUGUAUAUUCUGUAUUUAAGCCUUAGCUUGUUGAUAAACUCAGCAAUUAUAUCCUAACAUACACAUAUAUUACCCUAUAGUUUUUACUUACAUACAUACAGAUGUUAAUUUUUAUUAGCUAGUUUUUUUUUUUUUUUAUUAAAAAUCAUCUUUGUUUUUGCCAUCAGUUAAGUGGCAAAUUCCUGUUAAAAAGAUAACCAUGUGCAUUGUUUGCACAAUAAAGUUUCAAGUCAGUGCCUUUAAUGUUCAUACAUCACCAGUAUCAUGAAUCUCAGAAUUUGUCCAUAUUUUAUAUCCAAUGAUGUAUUGUGAUGUAUUGAAAGUGAAAAUGCCUGCCGCAUUUUCUUUCUUGUUACUUGAUUAAUCACAAUCUUAAUUAUGUUUUGUUAAAGACUGCAUGGCAGCUGUUCCAUCUUUCAACAAGAGUAAUAGCAGGAUUUCAUGAGGUAUAGUAUCUGAAACAUUUAGUUUCAGUCUCUUAAGGCAGGUUCUUACCAGCUUUGAUGGUACACUGGAUAUGGGAUGUGCACAAUACAAAAACCAUGUGGCUUCUAGUCACUAUAGUGCUUUUUGAAUAAGGAUGUUAUUGCUGGAUGUGAUGCUAUGCUUGCAAUGUGUGCAAGUGUUGCUUAUGUGUCUUGCCUGCCACUGGCCCAGUGAUUUUUUCAGACAUUGCUCAGCUGAUGCAUGCAUAUCCUGAGUAACUUGUGAGUCACUCUGGGCAACAAGGCAUACCAUCACUCAUCACUGCACUGUUCCUCUUGAAAGAAAAGCUGGAUUGCAUAGCAAAGCAUAUCAUUGCUUGCAGUGUGACUUCUCAAGUCACAAGCAUCGCCAGUGUCGGCCCAUGGUAUUCCAUAUCUAGCAUAGUAUUGCACCUGGUGUGAACUUGCCUUUAUGUUGGCAAUGUACUUCAUUGGCACAUGCCUUAUAAUUUCUCAUGUAGUGAUAUUUUGUUUUGUUUGAUUCAUUAGUUCAUAUUUUGUCAUGUUCCUUUUUACCUAUAUGCCAUCUGCAAUAAUUAAAUGUUAAAUAUCUGUAUUUUCAUCAUUAAAUAGUGACUUGUUAACAUUCACACAUUAUAUGCAUGUAUAACUGCUCAGGUAGAUGCAUCAGGAUUUAAGGAGUAUGACAUUUAUUCUAAUGUUGAUGUAUUUGUGAUCAAACAGUGAAACCAAAACCAGGUAGACAUUUCCGUCCAUAGAAUCAUUGCAUAUGCUAACUGAGUACCUUAACUGCAUGCCUUGGAAGCUGUAUUUUAAUAUAAGCUUUAUCGGAAUUUGUAAAAUUUACAAUGGAUUAAUCCGUCCUUAAUGUAAGGAGAUAACUUAGGUAAGAAAAGGUAGACAUUUGCUGUAUGUCAUGAGAAAUUAAAGUCUUGUCCACUCAAAGGUAAUGAACAGAUAUGGUCAUAGUUAAAAGUUUUAUCUAUAUCUGAGGACCUUGUUUAGAAUAUUUGGUCUUGAUUCCCGGCAGCUUUGUAAUUUAUUCCUAACAUUUCCAAUCUUUACAAAAUUAUUAAAAAGAGGUAUUGCCAAAUGUGUAAUGAAUUUUGAUUUGUAAUAUUUUAGCCUUGAUUAUAGUGUACAAAAUUAAGAUGUCAUCACACUGGACACAGUUUUUACAUUAAUUACUGGCAGCUAGGUAGCUGCCAGUAAUUAAUAUUAGUUAGAAGCAGUGAUACUUAGUCUACAUACUCUAAGUGAAAUACAUAUGAGUAAGUUCAACCUAUAAUAAUAAAACAAAUAUGUAUAAAUUCAUCAUUCUCAUUGUUGCACUGAAACAGGAUAAUCUCAUAACAUGUCACAAAAGCAGCAGGUUGAUGGAGGGAUUGUGUCCAGUGUGACAUUUUUAUAUUGAGUUGAAAAAAAAAUAUAAAUAAAUAAAAAAACAGGAAAAGAGAUAUAAUUAGUUUAUCACCAUAUUUUAAAUGUGGUCCUCUGUUUAUCUAAAUGAAAGAGAUUUGUAGAUAAGUACUGUUGUAACUGUGUAGUAUUCAUGAAGUGAGAAGUUAGAAUUUCAAAAGUAUAAUGAUUUUGUCGUUAAAUAUAAUUUUUACAUAAUA